UCACACCUGCCGGGACGAGCAGGUCGUGGGGCACAGGCCAGGGGGUUGCUGCUGGCAGGGGCCCCACGUGGGCACACACGGGGCGGGGUGCUGGGGCCCCUCAGGGGGGGGUGACCCCCUGCUCCUUGCCCCUUGCCCAUCCGGGUGACAGCUGGCUGGGACACACGUGUUUUGGUGAUGCUCCAGCACCGACCCUGAAAUCCCACGGGAAUGCUGCUAGUCUGAAACCGCAGCGACGCGGCUUUCGAUGCCUCGGAGAGCGUCUGCGGCCAGAGAGGGGCUGCCUGGCCCAGCACAGCCCUUCUAGGUGACAGUCCCCGGGGGGUCACGCCGCCGUCCCGCUGCAGAGCCAUGCUCAAGAAGGAUGAGGACGUUAAAAAACCAGCCUCGGAGAAGGCACCAGACCAGGGCUGGAAACUACAGGUCUUCUACCUCUGCUUCUAUGGCUUCAUGACGCAGAUCCGGCCCGGGGAGAGCUUCAUCACCCCCUAUCUCCUGGGGCCUGACAAGAACUUCACGCAGGCAGAGGUGUCCAACGUGAUCAUGCCAGUGCUGAGCUACUCCUACAUGGCUGUGCUGGUGCCCAUCUUCCUGCUGACGGACUACUUGCGCUACAAGCCCGUGCUGGUGCUGCAGAGCCUGAGCCACAUCUCCAUCUGGCUGCUGCUGGUGUUGGGCACCUCCGUCCUGGCCAUGCAGCUGAUGGAGUUCUUCUACGGUGUCACCAUGGCCGCCCGCAUCGCCUACUCCUCCUACAUCUUCUCCCUGGUAGCCCCGUCCCGCUACCAGCGCAUGGCCAGCUACUCCCGCUCCGCCGUCCUGCUGGGCGUCUUCACCAGCUCGGUGCUGGGCCAGCUCUGCAUCACCUUGGGCGGCGUCUCCUUCCUCACCCUCAACUAUGUCUCCUUGGGCUUUGUCAGCUUCGGCCUCCUCCUCACCCUCUUCCUCGAGCGGCCCCGGCGCAGCCUCUUCUUCAACCGGCCCGAGGGGGCUGGGGAUGGUGCUGUGCCCACCGAGCUGGACAAGAUGGCUGGGAGGGGCAGCGGUGGGGGGAGACGGGGCUGGCGGGAGGCGACGCUGUUCCGGAUGCUGCGGGAGGUGGGAGCCUUGGCCCGGCAGCCCCAGCUCCGGCUCUGGUCCUUGUGGUGGGUCUUCAACUCGGCUGGUUACUACCUGAUGCUGUACUACGUGCACAUCCUCUGGAACGAGAUCUACCCCGCCAUGAACAACAGACGGGUGUACAACGGAGGGGUGGACGCCGCCUCCACGCUGCUGGGGGCUGGUGCCUCCUUCGCCGCCGGCUACAUGAAGAUCCGCUGGACGCUGUGGUCGGAGCUGGUCAUUGGGGUGGUGACAGCUUUCCAGGCGGGGCUGCUCCUGCUCAUGAACACCACCAGCAAUAUCUGGCUGUGCUAUGUUGCCUACGUCCUCUUCCGUGGUUCCUACCAGUUCCUGGUGCCCAUCGCCAUCUUCCACAUCGCUACCUCCCUCUCCAAAGAGCUCUGUGCUCUUGUCUUCGGGGUCAACACCUUCUUUGCCACCGUGCUGAAGACCAUCAUCACCAUCAUUGUGGCCGACAAGAGGGGCUUGGGCUUGUCCGUGCAUCCCCAGUUUUACGUGUACUUUGGCUACUUCACCCUGCUGGCAGUGGUCUACCUGCUGGCAGCCGUUGGCGUGGGCAUCCAGCACAGCCGCUGCAAGCAGCCCAGGGAGGUGGCCCUGGCCAAGGAGCCAUGCCAGCUCCCUGCCGAGGUGCCAGUGCAGGAGAAGAGCCCAGAGGCAGAUGCUGUGUGAGCCUAAGCACCACCACCACAACCAGCGUGACCACCCUGACCACCGUGGCUGGGACUCGGCUCCACAAGAGCCACCAUCACCGUGCACUUAAUCUCCCAUCCUGCUGGGCAGUCCUUGGUGCUGGCCCAUUGAGGACACACCCCAUGGCACUUGUUUUCUGCUCCAUGGGGGCAGGGGCUGUCCCCCCCCUCCCCCCAGCCCUUCUUCAGCCACAAAGACAAGCGGAUCAGGGGCAGGACUGCCCACAGCUGCCACCACCAGGUACCACGCAGGGCUAGGGAUGGGGUCUGGCUGCCCUCCUGCCCACUGACUCUGCCAUCACUGCCUGGAGCCAGGCUACAAGAGGAUAAUGUUUCUUUAUUCAGUGCCUUUAGAAAAAUGGUUUCUAGGACACAACCGACAAAAAAAAAAUAAAGAUCCACAGGCUUUUGAAUUGCAUUAAUUACACAAAAUACAGUAGACUGUAAGAAAUAGAGACCGUGUGACUCGCACAGCUUUUAUGGUAAUAAUUUCCAUACAAUAAUAAAAAGCUAGUUACAGAUUUC